CGUAUCUAAAAUUUGCAUGUCUUGAGGUAUGAAACAGAUACCAACUACCAAGUGUAUGGUAGUCUACUGUAGUAAGAGUCCAAAGUACAACAAAAACUACAGUUUGGUUCAGAGAAUCCCAUCUACAAUUCUUUUCCAACCGACGACGGCGUGUCAAAAUGAACCGGAAUUCACUUCCACCGGCGUGUGUGUGCACUUACCUCUGAACAGCGAGAUGGAAAAGCAAGUUCCUUUCUAGAAACCCAGAUCGCCAUUUCACUCCCACCCACUCCUCUUCCCCACACCCCCCUUCUUCCCCUUUUUGCUUCAAAAAAAUCAGAACUCUCUCCUCCUUCGGUGACAAAGCAGACAUGGCCUUUCCAUUUUUUAUUAGCCGUAUUACCUCUCUCACACUCAUAUUCACUUUCCUACUCAUACUCUCCUCCUCCUCCUCCUCCUCCUCUACCGCCGCCAUAGACAUCACCACCCUCCUCUCCUCCUACCAAAACCUUUCCUCAUUCUCUUCUCUUUUAUCAUCCACCUUUGUCACCGCAGACCUUACCCACCGCAAUUCCCUCACUCUCCUUGCCGUCCCCAACCCCUAUCUUGCUUCCUCCUCCGACCUCACCCAUCGCCUGUCUCAAUCCUCCCUUGCCGACCUCCUCCGCUACCACGUCCUCCUCCAGUAUUUCUCCUCGUCUGACCUCCAGAAGAUCCCCCCUUCUGGAGUCCUCGUCACCACCCUCCUCCAGACCACCGGCCGCGCCCCAUCUAACUUUGGCUCCGUCAAUCUCACCCGCAACCCCGUCACCAACUCCAUAACAGUGCAUUCCCCUGCCCCUUACUCCCCUUCGAACGUCACCGUCUUGUCCGUAAUCAAAACCCUCCCUUACAACAUCACAAUCCUCGCCGUCAAUUCCCUCCUCGUCCCCUACGGAUUCGAUCUAACGGCCUCCGAGACACGCCCUCCCAUCAACCUCAACAUCACCAAAACCCUAAUCGACGGCCACAACUUCAACGUGGCCGCGUCCCUUUUGGCCGCCUCCGGCGUCGUUGACGAAUUCCAGGCCGAUGAAGCAGGUGCUGGGAUCACUCUGUUUGUUCCCACCGACCUCGCAUUCACAGAUCUACCCGGAACAGUGAACUUGCAGUCUCUGCCGGCGGAACAGAAAGCAGUUGUACUUAAAUUCCAUGUUCUCCAUUCAUAUUAUCCCCUGGGUUCACUCGAAUCGAUUGUAAAUCCCGUGCAACCCACACUGGCAACGGAAGAUAAAGGAGCCGGAAGCUUUACCCUCAACAUUUCGAGGGUUAAUAAAUCAGUGGCAAUCGACACCGGGAUCGUACAAGCGUCGGUGACCCAAACCGUAAUUGACCAAAACCCGGUGGCGAUUUUCGGAGUAUCGAAAGUUCUUCUUCCAAAAGAGAUUUUUGGCAAGGAUGCCUCCGCAACUACGCCAAGUCGAGGACAUGGGGGAGGGGGAGAAGCUCCUCCUCCAGAAACUUCGUUAUCACCGGAGAAUUCUCCGGAACUGAGUGGGCCAGCGUCGCAUCAGUCGUCACCGCCUGGAGACCUUUCAUCGGACGGUGAGAGAUACCGGGUGCAGAACUUGAUUGUUGCGUUCUGUUGUAUAGUAUUCCAUUUACUGGGCCGAGCUUAAUUAAUUUUUUUUUCCCUUAUUGAUUACUUCUUUUAUACGAUUAAUUGAAUUUUCGGGUACACAAUGGGCCACAUUUCGCCUCUCUAGAAUUCUGGCAG